AUGGGUGGUGACGGUGGCGACGAGGAGGAUGAUGAGUGCAAAGAAGAAGACAUUGGCGUUAACCCAUCAAUGACAAAAUUCUGUGAUGGUGUUGAUGAUUGCUGCGCAACAGCAAAAGUACAUGUUCAUGUUGUUGUUGUUGUUGUUCUUGCUCAGCAGCCACAGCAGGAGGUGGAAUGUAAAACGUGGGGCUCGACAGUAGUGACAGAAAUGAGGUUUGCGCAACAAGUCCGUGCAUCAUUCAAGCCCGCAUACAGAAAAGCGGCGGUAGUACUAGCAGUAACAGAGCAAAGAAGUCAAGAAGAAGAAAAUGUACACCUGGCCGAUAUACCACGCUUAGCAAACGUUAAGUGUAGCAAGAAGAAGAACAAGAAGAAGAAGGUUGCAAGGAGGCAGGCUGAAUUUGCAGAUGGAAAAGAUACUUCUCCCCGUCCAUCAUCGUUUCUUUUAAAAGUAUAG